CAUAACCUAACGAGUAUGUCAAAAUAUUUGUUUAUCUCUUAUUUUCAGGAUCGGAGACUUUUUUUAAAUAUAAAAAUUAUAUGAAUAAAGAAAACAGCAAUGUAGCGAAAGCACAAGAGAAGAACCAUGGAUAUACCGAAGCUUUUUCUGUUCGCAUUCUUGGUUUUGGGAAUUAGCUGUGGUCCUCUACUUCCUAUUGAACCUACGAAGGGAGGCGUAGUUCCUCUUCCUCAAAAUGUUCGUCAAACUGAAGAAUUCUUCACAGUCAAUCCUUCAUUACUGCAGUUCAAGAUUACCGGAUUUACGUGUUCAAUUCUCGAUGAAGCGUUGAUCAGAUAUUGGAAAUUGAUUUCAAAUUCCCAUUCCUCCCACAUUUUAAGGAGGUUCUCACAUAGACUUGAGACAUUAUGGACUGAACGUUCUUUAUAUUUGGGAAGGUUAGAUGUCUUAAACGUCCACUUGGAUGAAAAAUGCAAAGACGAUGAUAUUCCUAAAUUGUUUAUGAAUGAGAGCUAUAGGAUAGAAAUAUCCGCAACCAAUAAAACUCUGAGAGCUACCACAGUAUGGGGGAUGCUAAGAGCACUAGAAUCCUUUUCCCAGCUCAUUUAUGAGGAUGAGCAGACUGCUACAUUGAGGUUGAACAGCACUCAUAUCGAUGAUUAUCCAAGGUUUCCUCACAGGGGACUGUUGCUAGAUACAUCCCGGCAUUUCAUUCCGGUAAAAUACAUAUUGAAAACACUGGAUGCCAUGUCCUACAAUAAACUCAAUGUGUUCCACUGGCAUAUUGUCGACGAUCAAAGUUUCCCAUUCAAAAGCGAAAGCUAUCCAGCAUUAAGUGAUAAAGGCGCAUAUCACCCUGUAGAAGCUGUUUAUCAACCAGACGAUGUUGAACAAAUUAUAGAGUAUGCCAGAAAACGCGGUAUCAGGGUGAUGGUCGAGUUUGACACACCAGGGCACACUUUGUCGUGGGGACGUGGUAUCUCGGGUAUUCUUACGAAAUGUGUGGGUAUUUCCGAUGAAUACGGUCCAAUGGAUCCUUCCGUACCUAAAGUUUUUCAGUUUUUGUCCAAUUUCUUCGAGGAGAUCUCCAAGGUAUUCCCAGAAAGGUAUAUUCAUCUGGGAGGUGAUGAAGUACCUUUUGAUUGCUGGCAGAGCAAUCCGAACAUAACGAAAUUCAUGCAGACUUUAAACAUUACUGGAGAUUAUGCCGCUUUGGAAAGCUAUUUCAUCAAAAAGCUUAUCGAUAUAGUCACAAUAAAAGGUUUGAAUCCUAUUGUGUGGGAAGAAGUUUUCGAUAAUGGAGUAAAGUUGAGCAACUCGACUAUAGUACAUGUUUGGAAGGAUGGUUACACAAAUACAAUGAAUAAGGCAACCAAAGCAGGUAAACCAGUUCUUCUUUCGUCAUGUUGGUAUCUGGAUCACUUGGGAGGUUUGAAGGAUUGGCAAAAUUUCUACAAAUGCGAUCCGUACGACUUUCCUGGAACUAGUGCGCAGAAAAAACUAGUUUUAGGUGGCGAAGCAUGCAUGUGGAGUGAAGCGGUCAACAAGAACAAUUUGAUAUCUAGGGUGUGGCCACGAGCUUCUGCGACAGCUGAGAAGUUAUGGUCAUCUAUCACCGAUAUCGAUGAGCCUGUUGUAGACAGUACUCAAAUGGAUUAUAUGGCUAAGAGACUCGAAGAACACACUUGCCGAAUGAACAAGAGAAAUAUCGAGGCAGAACCAGCAAGUGGUCCUAGCUUCUGUUAUUAAUUUAUUUUAUUAUUUGCAUAUUAUAUUGAAUUUUUAUGAAUAGGUAA